AUGGAGGUGAAGACUUCGCAGAGACAGACUGGAGGCAAGGCGUGUAAAUACAAGGUGGAGACAGAUGUACAUUCACUGAAUGCUAUUUUUGUUGCGUCACAUGGCCUUGACUUGCCAGAAUAUUUUGAGAUUAUUACUGUGGACACAGUGCCAAUCUUCUACUAUGACACCAACAUGAAAAGUGCCGUACCUGCCCCUGAAUGGAUGGACAGCACUACUGGACAACGGUACUCCAGGAACAUGAAUUCCAGAGCACAUUACAACAAAUAUAAAACAGUGCAGGGCCUAAAUUUGGCCAACCAACAAUUUAACUUGACAGGGGCCUCCACUGGUAUUAAUAUUUAUCAGUCCAAUGGUCGAUGUGAGCUCCAUUCUGAUGGAACUGUGAAAGGCUUUUUAAUCCAUGCAUUCAAUGGUAAGGACUUCUUUAGCCUUGAUGUUGAGAACAAGGCCUUUAUAGCCACGGUUCCCCAAGCAGUCCUCUAUAAGAUGCUUAGGGAAAAAGAUCCAGCCGACCUUGAAUACCUAGUCUCUUUCUACAAAUCAAGGUGCACUGAAGAAAUCAAGAUGCACUUGCAACAUGAUCCCAGACUACGCGUGAAGAAAGCUCCAGAGGUCAGGGCUUUUAAGAAGAAGACGGAAGUCAUAUGUCAUGUGACUGGGUUCUUCCCACGAACAGUGCAGGUUCAGUGGUUUGAGUCAGACAUGCAGCCUGUGGUUGAGGGGGUUAUUGAAGGAGAAGUGUUACCAAAUGGAGAUGGGACUUAUCAGACAAGAAAGAGUGUUGUGAUACCAGCAGAACACACAGGCAUAUAUCACUACAGCUGUGUGGUCCAACAUAGCAGCAUCCCUGGAAAUAUCACUGAAACCUGGGGUAAGAUUGUACUGUGA